AUGACUCUGAUCAUGCACAAUAUCGACCCUAGCGGCGACCUUGUUGUCGUUCUUAAGAAGCCAAACAAGUACCGUGUUAUCCCCGAAGUCUGGAUUAAUGGUGAAAAGACUAGGGGACACGUCGAUCGCACUGACGUAGAAACUCCGAAAAUGCCUACUGGCCUUGGAGAUUCCGAUGUACAAAUGACGGAAAUCGAGUUCCGGGUAUCCUCGAAGCAUCUGAAACUGGCCUCAGUCGUGUUCGACAAAAUGCUCAGCGGCCCGUGGAAAGAAGCCAACUGUACCAGCUCUCUGCCAGCUUCCGAAGCCGAAGGCCAGGAUAUGAUGGAGCUUACCGGAUAUGCAGAUACCUUUAUUGGCUCUAUUUUUGACUUAUCCCUUCCUAUCCCGGCAGUGCCUGUCGCGUCCGACUACUGGGAAAUAUCAACCACUGGAUGGCAUGCACACGCCUUCCGGGUGGUCUUGGAAGUCAUUCAUGGCCAGUUAAGAAAUUUUCCUGAAAAGGUUAGCUUGGAGUUCUUCACCCAUGUUGCUGUCAUCGCCAACUAUUAUCAUUGCACCGAGGCAGUGUCACUCGCUGCCCGAUUUUGGCGUGUGUGGAACAAAGACAUCCCAACAAGCUACGGGAAGAGAUCCAUUAUGUGGCUAUACAUUUCUUGGGUCUUCUCCAUGCCUAUCACGUUCUCCAACAUGCUUGGUCUAGCAGUGAAAGAUGGUCUAGAUCUGUUUAAUAUCACCACUCACGAUCUUCCUGUCGCUACAGUUCUUGAGACUGCAGAAGCGAAGAGAAAGAAGGCAAUUCUCUGCCUUAUCACCGAACUAGCGGCAAUAGAGCGAAAGUUGAUAUAUGGCCAGCUGGGAUGUAGCCAAAAAAUGCAGAUCGAUGAUGAUCGGGUCAUUGGCCCUGGAGAAGCAGAAGAAUCCUCAUCUGGUACUGAAGGGGGAAAACGAUUGCAGAAGCCGCAUCUCUCUGUCCAGAGUCAUUCACGCAGUAAACUCAUUCGGCCCAAUCGAAUGGAUUGA